CUCAAAGCCAUGGACGCUUUGCUCAUGGUUGCCACCCUGGUGUUAGUUUGGGCUCCUUUGCACCUGCAUCUGACUAAGACCGACGUGGCGGAUCUACAAGGGUUGAUCUGCUCAGUGGUGGAAAGGGUCCGAGUGGAUCCAUUAAAGGCUGCACGGGUGGAAGAGGAGAUGCUGAAGGUUCGCCAGAAGAACUACAAGUUGUUCAGUCGCUGCUGCUCACACCUUGGUUUGGUGACCGGCAGCUGUUUAUUUCAUCAAGUGGUCAUAGCACCAGACCUACAGAAUGUUACCUUCCUCAGCUGUUGUGUCCUUGGAUACGCGCAGCACAUGAUGGUGCGUGUGGACAUUUUGAGGCCUACUGCUCAGCAGCUGAAAGGACUUGCUUGCUUGCUACAUGGCAUGUUGCUGCUUUCGAUGAUCAGCACAGCCACGGUAUGUGGUGAUGCAAGGACUGCAGACGUCCGUCCGGCUUUUGCUGGUUUUGGCCUUCUUGGAUCCAUGGAUCUCUGUUCCCUGUCAACUCCUGUACACUGCAGCAGAGACCUGGGCUUGUUUACGUAUCUUCGAACACUCGACUGUGUCUGUCGGCCUCGUUUGCAUUGCCUCCUCACUCGUCGUGGACGUGGUGCUUCGAGGUACUUGACACUACGCAGUACUUGACACUGAUGCAGAGUCAUUGGUGUCCAGCUUCCGUCGAGUUUUGCGAGGUCUUUGUGAUGGAGAAGUCCUGCUGGACAGCCACAUGAGGGUAGCUCAGGAAAGCAAGUGCUUGAAGCACUUGAUCUUGACGGAUGUGAACCUUGCUGGGCGGUCGUUUGUGCAGUUGCUUGCUGAAGAUGAGAGGCAUCGUUUUGGUGAGUUCAUAGAUGCAUCCACGCAGGCUUCGUUUGGUGUCCCAGACUCCCAAGCUUCAGCUCCUCCAUUUUGCUCGCGGGUUUUCGUUCAAUGGAGCGGCAAACAUACGAGUUGCCGCCGAUAUUUUCCACGUGCCGGUUCCAGGGUUGUUUGGUUCCAGCGACCCCUACCACCUGUUGGCCUUCAAAGAGGAUCCUGAAUCCCGACCACAACCCGAAGCUCAAGAAGGAGUGGUACCCGACCAGCUUUUGCAUGCCAUUCCGACUCAGCAGGAUGCGGUGUCCCUGGCAUCAGGGAGCUGCUCUUGUAGAGGCUUUUGUGCUAGUAGCUGCCCGGAACUCAAAGAAAUGACAUUUCUUGUGGAUGUCAAUACGGAGCUUCAGGAUGUGCAAGAGGCGCACCUACGGUUUGUGCGAGAUCAGGAACCUGCUGACCUUGCUUCAGCCUUGCAAUCUGGAAUGCCCAGUCUACGGAAGUUGGUGGAGCCUGCUGACUGGGAGAAAGUGCGCUCGCGCGUGGAGAAGUUCGCAGAGAAGGCAUCACAGGACCCUCAAAUCAAACCGAAAGUCAUGAAGCAGAUGAGCUUCCAACUUCCAGGCUUCAGCCAUCGGCUCAUUGCGCAGGAGGCAUCCAUCAAGCGGAAUGCAGGGGCCUCAAAGGUUUGGCUGCAUGUUCAAGGAUUGCGCCCCAAGAAGAAACAGGGCAACUUGAUGUUGGAUGCCAUUAAGGAGCAUAAAACCUGCGAAGAUUGCAGAUCCUCUAAGUCUCCUUUGCUUGGUCAAUCAUUUGGCCACAUGCCAGUUGCACCUUAACUGGCUCGGAGUUGCACGGUUUGGUGCGAGAGAAGGCACCAGAUCCCCUUCGACGUUCAAUCCUCCAGGCUGAUGCUAUGCAGAAAAGUCUUGGGCAGAUAAUGAUGGGCCAAUUUCCUCAGGCAAUCUGCAGAUAUGUAGUCUAUAAGUCUAUAAGUGACAAAAGAUUCUAUAAGCCCUUUUGGCCGGCCCAACGCUUGUUCCGGGCUUCUGCCUAUCCGGCCACUGGACCCAUGCCGCACGAACUGGACCCGUUCGGAUGGUGUGGUCAAACGGGAGGGCUCAGAGACGCGCAACAAAGGAGGCUUGAAAAGUCAAAUGCGA